UGCAGGAGACCGGUGCUCCUGGCUCACUCUUACUUCCUUGACGCUGGUCACGGGCUCUUGAUCUUAGGAAUUGGAUCUGCACUCCGCUUCCCUGAAUACCUUCCAUCCCCCCCUCCCCACAUGCGCUGUAUAAUCCUACGGGUUUAGCGCUUCUCCAUGAUUAUAAUAAUUAUAAUCACUCUACUCCACUUUCUCACUUCAGUAGUGUCCUCACUCCCUCAAGUUGGAGUAGGAUCCAGGAGUGUAGAGGUUCGUUUCCCAUUGUAAAAUGCACAUACUGUCGAAGUGAAUUCCAACAGGAAAGCAAAAGCAGCACAGUCACAAUCUGCAAGAAAUGUGAAUCCAUGGUAAAGCAAUAUGGUAAACCCUCAGCCUGUGAAUACUGUAAUGUUAUAGCAGCCUUCAUUGGUAACAAAUGCCAACGUUGCACCAAUUCAGAACGCAGAUAUGGUCCUCCUCUGUCAUGUGACCAAUGCAAGCAGAAAUGUGCGUUUGACAGGAAGGAUAUUGACAAGAAAAAGGUGGAUGGGAAGCUAUUAUGUUGGCUCUGUACACUUUCAUUCAAACGAGCAUUGGCAAAAACGAAAGUUACAGAUCCUGCCAGGCAUUCACACAUAAAACUUGGGUCACGCUCUGGUCACCACAAGGAAAAAGAAAGCAGACCCAAGCUGAGUGGCCACAACAAAAGACCGAACAGACCUGAUGUUACGAAGAUACCACAAGAGGAACCUCCAGCUAAGCUGGGAUUAUAUGAUACAGACAAAGACACUCAGAGUAUGGAAAUACAUGACAAUAUUAAGGCUGUGGUCUCUAGGAAUGUAGGUCCUACACGUGAUAGUGACCCAGGAACAGCAGAUCAGCUUGUUCUUAUCACACAGCUACGAGAGCAGAUAUCUCGACUUGAAAAGCAGCUAUCUGGCAAAGAUGCUCAGCUUUUGGCGAAGGAAAAACAGAUGACUGAAUUAAAAGCGACCCAGUUCACAAUUGAACAGGAACUUCGUCAAAAAAUGAAGAACGUUAAUCGUGACUACGACAGUAAAGUUGAAAUUCUCCAGAAGAAGAUACGCGAACAAAAUCGUGAGAUUGCUCUGUUAAGCAAAGGCAAAAAGAAAGGAGAUAAGGGUGCUGUACUGUCAGCAACAGAUGGUGGCUCCUCUGGCACUGAUAGCCCUUCUGUUGGGUAGUAGCACUGAUGGCAUCAUUGGGCACUUUCAUAAUAUUGUUUCCUCAGGUGGUUAAGGUUUUAAGUUUUUGUGUUUUAACUGGUCUCUCUGGAUUACAAGAAAAAAGAAUCCUCAUAGGUAUAUUUUUUGAGAAAAACAAAUUGAUAUUAAAGACUGUAACUACAAAUAGGUUAAUGAAAAGAAACUAGUUUUUCUUCACAAAUAGUAUAGAAGAAUACAAAAAUGAGAUCACAAAGGUUUAUGAAUUACAUGACAAAUUAAUCCCUGAAAACAGGACACCACGAGCAUAACUCUGCUCCAGUAACUACAAAAAUUUAAUCUCACCCACAUACAUGAAUGUAUAUUACAUAUACCACACACAAUAUGCAUGCAUACUACGUGUGUAUACUGUAUGUAUAUGUAUGCACAAUACAUAUAACUUCACACAUUUGUAGAGUUUAUAAUCACAAUGUUCACCCACACAAAGACAUUAAAAAUAUUAGAACUGCAGCUAGCUAUAGUUUGUUCAAUUUAGACUGUGUGUUUUAAUAAGCAACUAAUAGAAAAAUUUACUUGAUAUUUCAUUCCAUAAUUAAUAUUUUUUUAUACAGUAUAGUAUUUAAACAUGCAAGUCAUUGCAUGUUCAUUUUAAAUGGAAUGGGUCUGUUCACAUUGGUGUAUUUGUAAUUUCUCAUCAGUAUUAAUUUUGGAAUAUGGCUUUUAUUUUGGAAUAAAGAUUUGUUUUUAUUUAAAGGCCAGAGUGCAGCAUACACUGUUCUGUAGAAGCCGCAUUAGGAGUUAUGGAAGUGCCUGCACUGUUGACUCUGUGUAACUGCUUACCUUUCACCUGCUGCUGGAUGUAUUUCAUGUACAGCCAGAGAUACUUUGUGAAUAUUUAUUUUUUUACAAUUUUUUUUUUAAAAGCAUUGUUCUAUUAUCUUGGGGAAACCUCCCUAAAAUUUAAAAAACAUUGCUUUUGUAAGCAUAUAAUGCUUUUAACAUAAAUUUAAAUGCAAGGUAAAACAGUGUAUAAUUUUACAGUUAUAGCUGAAUUAUUUAUAAAUUAAAUAUUCAGAUCAAGGUCAAUUAUAGAAAAGAUAUUAAUCUGGGUAAUUUUUUAAAAAUUAUUCGCUCAAAUUAAGCGAUGAAAUAGAUCUAAAAAUAUGGUACAAUUAUGUAUGAAAGCAGUGGUUUCCCAGAAG